AUGUCACACCCCCAGAUAGAAGAAGUGUCCGACAGCGACCUAGACAUGUCAGACCCAUCCGAAGGCGACAUCGACGACUUUGUCGAAUCCGACAUCAUCCGCCGCGUAGGCGACGACGCCCCCAGCAAAUCCCCCCAACCACCAACUUCAUCACGGCCCCAACAAUCACAACCCACCCCCCCGCGCUUCCCCAACCCUUCCCACCCCCCGAUGCAAGCCACAACCGACGACCAACCCUACAAAUCCUACCAAUGCCUAUAUCCCGUCUACUUCGACAGCACGCGCACCCGCGCCGAAGGCCGGCGCAUCCCCCGGUCCGCCGCCGUCCCCAACCCCCUCGCAAUCGACAUCGUCCAAGCCUGCGCCGGGUUGCGGCUCCAAACCGUCCUCGAAGCGGGUAAAAUCCACCCCAAGGACUGGGCCAACCCCGGCCGGGUCAAAGUCGAUCUACGCCAGCAGCCGAGCACACCCGCACCUGGCAGCGUCCACAUCAACAACAAACACCACCUGUAUCUGCUGGUGGCGCAGCACCUGCGCAACAACCCGACGACGGACACGUCGCGGUCCCUGCGGAUGGAGGUGCGGGGUGCGCCGAUGCCGCCGCAGGCGCUGGAACCGGGCCAGCCGUGGCCGCGGCCGGCGAUUCCGAGGGGGUGGAAGAUGGGGGAGUUGUUGCCGUAUUAUAGUCCUGCGAUGACGGGGGGAGGGGUGAGUGAGAAUUUUUUGAAGGAUAUGAUGAAGGAGAUGCAAGGGGCUGGUGGGGCAGGUGGUGCUGGUGGUGCUGGGGGGAUGCCGGAUAUGGCGAGUUUGUUGGCUGCUGCUGGUGGAGGUGGCGGUGGUUUGGGUGGAUUUGGAGGGCCGGGUGGAAGUGGGAGUGGGAGUGGUGGCGGUGGAAGGAAGGAGAAGAAAGGGAAAGGCAAAUAA